GCAUUGUCUGGGUCUAAUCUGGCUAUUACAUUGCCCCAUUUCCUGGUUACUGCUCCUUAUUCUUGGUCAUAAUAAUAGUUUCAUCAACUAAAAAUCCCCUCCUACCAAUAUGGCCCAAUCCUCCCACCGGGAUGAUUUCUUCCAAACCACAGCCGCCCUUGAUGAGCAGAAGCGAAAGGAUGUGAAGUCCCAAAACACCAAUGGCAAUCCCAUCCGUCUUCAGAGUAAAAUCCUCGCAGUCGCAGCUGAUCCUCUGAGUACUGGGUCUGUCUAUGUAGCUCAGAGUGGUGGUACGGUCAGGAAGGUCAUACUCGAAACCGGUGAAACUGCAGCUCUUUUCAAAGGCCCGACUGCCCCCGUCACGAGUAUUUGCUUUAGCCCCAAUGGCCGGUUGCUGUUCGCGGGGUGCUGGGACAAGACGAUCUGGAGUUGGGGUGUGGAAUCGAAGGAGCCGAAGUUGCGCUAUGAGGGCCAUACCGAUUUUGUAAGGUCUGUCAUCAGCACAAGACUACAAGGUCAGGAUGUUCUUGUUUCAGGAGGCGCCGAUGCACAAAUCAUUGUCUUCGACAUUGCGACCGGACAGCGACUCGCGGUGAUGAAAGGUCAUGCAAAGGGAAUCCAGGACCUCGCCCUCGAUCCCGUCUCUCUCGACUCAGACAGCUCCGAGUUGAUUGUGUUCAGUGCGGGUAGUGACCGACAGAUCCGUCAAUUCGACAUUUCUACUGGCAGCAAGGACCUUACUGGCACAGAGGCUCUUCUCGCCCACGAUACCAACGUGCACAAGCUUUUCUUUGACCGCGACGCUGAUCUCUGGACUGCUUCGGCGGACAAGACAUCCAAGUGUCUUGUGAGAGAGGAUGGCUGGAAGCCCAACUUGACGCUGACUCACCCGGAUUAUGUGCGAGAUGUCGUGGUCUACGAACAAGGAGGCUGGGUGGUCACUGCUUGCCGAGAUGAGGAGGUUCGCGUGUGGAAUCGAUCGACCGGACAGCUUUACCAUACCUUCUCCGGCCACUUCGAAGAGGUUACGGGGCUCGUGCUUCUCGGAUCGACUGUCGUCAGCGUCAGUAUCGAUGCCACUAUCCGCCAGUGGUCCUUGAAACCCGAUGAACUUGAAAUCGCAGUAGCAAAGGCGAAGAAAAACAACGAGGAGGACGAGGAAGAGCAACAAAACCCGGGGACGAUGCUGACGGAAGAAGAGGAGCGGGAACUGGCGGAACUAAUGGCCGAGGACUGAGUGCAGUUGCGUUGCUUGCCCUGGCUUAUUGUUGGUGGGGCGAAUCGAGCAACAGGGAUGUUACCACGCCGUGCGGAGUAUCAGGGCGUAGACAAAUCGUAGAUCUGUAGAACAUCUCUGUAAAUG